GCCUCUCUCAUUUGUUCGUUAAUUCCGCUGCCGUUUCAUAUCUUUCGUCGUCUGAAUUUGGAGCCGCCGCUGAAAUUCAUUAAAUAAAAGAAGAAGAAUGGAUACAGACGCAGUAGCGAAGGCGUUUGUCGAGCACUACUACUCGGCAUUCGAUGCGAACCGGGCCGGUUUAGCCAAUCUCUACCAGGAAGGUUCCAUGUUGACCUUCGAAGGUCAAAAGAUCCAGGGCUCCCAGAACAUCGUUGCUACGCUCACCAGCAUUCCUUUCCAGCAGUGUAAGCACAACAUCACCACCGUCGACUGCCAGUCUUCCGGCUUCGGCUGCAUGCUCGUCUUCGUCAGUGGUAACCUCCAACUCGCAGGCGAACAUCAUGCUCUCAAGUUCAGCCAGUUAAAUUUUCAUAGUCUUCUAUUCAUAUUUCAUUUGAUGCCAACACAAGAAGGAAGCUUCUAUGUGUUGAAUGACAUAUUCAGGUUGAGCUACGCGUGAAGAC